AUGAAAUUUAGAAUAACUUUCCUUUUAGUUAUCUUGAUUUUAGCUGUUGCUACUUCAGCCAAAAAAUCUCUAACUAAAGUUAAGCUUCAUGAUGAUAACGAUGAACAAAAUGAUGAUUUUCCUGAUUUCUAAUAAACUUUUGAACAUUUUGAAACUUUAAAUCCUGAGGAUGAAGAUGAAAUUCCAGAUGAUCCUGUUGGUUAGGCCUUAUAUCAUUGCAUUAAUUCCAAUUAUUUCCCAUGGGAUAAGGAUCACAAAGAUUUCGUCAAUCUUGUUAAUAAUAGAUGCUAACAUUACGAUGGUCAGGUGAAUGCAGUAGAUUUCUUUUAAAAUUCCAUCAACUGUGUUAAUAAUCUUAGAUAUUCAAGAUAAUCUGUUAAAGUAUAGUUCAUUGCUGCUAUUGAAUGCGUGAUUGAUCUAUUAAAGCAAGAUUAAGAACCAGAACAUAUUUGGCUUUAAAACAAAAAAUCUUCAUUUAAAUUAUAAAAUAAAUUGAAGAGAAGAAGAGUUUGA